GUUUCGGGAAGAACUCAAGUGGUCAGUGCGACCCGCCAACUGGACUCGGACCCAUUAUGGCCGUGUCGGCAGGCUGUCAUCAUACCUGUGUGGUGCAAAGGAAUGGACAUCUCGUUUGUUUUGGGCGGAAUUCCGAAGGCCAGUGCGAUGUGCCAGCAAAUUUAGGGCCAGUUGCAGCAGUGUCGGCGGGCUGUCAUCACACCUGCGCCGCAAGGACUGACGGAGGCCUGGUGUGCUUUGGGGAAAACCAUGAUGGACAGUGCAACCUGCCACUGGAUCUGGGCCCCAUAUUCAGCUUGUCCGCGGGGAUUCACCACACAUGCGUUGUGAAAGCAGAUGGUCAGCUGGUUUGUUUUGGCGACAAUCGCCGUGGCCAGUGCAGCGUACCGGAAGACUUAGGACCGGUUCAGAGUGCCUGCAUGGGCAUCUGUCACACUUGCGCCAUGAAAGCUGAUGGGCAGAUCGAAUGUUUCGGACACAACAAUUACGGCCAAUGUAGCCCACCAGCAGAUGCUGGCGCGACCCUUGCUGUCUCUGCCGGAAAGUAUCACACCUGCGUGGUCAAAUCUGAUGGGAGUUUGAUCUGCUUCGGCGACAACUAUCACGGCUGGUGCAAUGUACCUGCUGACUUGCAUUCCGUGCUGGCUCUUUCCGCUGGACUUCGACACACGUGCGCAGUGGGGGCA